AAGCUUUGUUUGCUGCAUAAUGCUAAUGAGACCAGCAAUGUUAGUAAGAGACUGUUAGUAUACGAUACACUGUCAUCCAUGCGAUGAUUACAGUAGAAAAGGCGAAUUUUCAGUAUAGAGAAAAACACAUCAAUGGCGUCCGCGUGAACUAAACUUUCAAUUUGUUGUUUCCAAUUGAAGUAAAUGCAAUAUUAACGUAAUCAGCAAACCAACUUAACUAAUUUGUAUAAUCACAAGUUCGCAUCAAUGAAUAUGGCGCUACCGAGUAACUAUAAGCAGAUUGCGGUCGGCGCGCCAACGGGGCCGGCAACUCCGUUGGGUAGCGUCGGCGGGGGCAGCAGUAGCCGGUCGCGUUCAUCUGGCGGUGGUGCUGGCGGCGAUCGCAAUAAGGACCAAACGCCCAUAUUUACGCAUAGCAACUAUAGCAAUCCAGCAUUUACUCCACAAAAAGUUACCAAAUCCUCAAGCAGCAAAAACCAAGGUGAGUCUCGACUGCCAAAGCCGCCGAAGCCGCCAGAGAAACCUAUACUUCCAUAUAUGCGCUACUCCAAGCGUGUGUGGGACAGCGUAAAGGCGCAAAAUCCGGAGCUCAAGCUAUGGGAGCUGGGUAAGAAGAUUGGCGCUAUGUGGAAGCAGCUAAGCGAUGAAGACAAGACCGAGUUCAUAGAUGAAUACGAGGCGGAAAAAGUGGAGUACGAGAAGGCUUUAAAGGCAUAUCAUCAGACGCCCGCCUAUCAGGCGUACAUCUCAGCCAAGUCCAAAGUAAAGCCCGACGUGACCGAUGUGCAUGAGACGCCAUCUCGAGGCGGCGGCAGCAAAAGCCAACACGAACGCAGAAUUGACAUACAGCCAGCAGAGGAUGAGGACGACAUGGAUGAGGGCUAUACGGCCAAGCACAUGGCGUAUGCGCGUUACCUACGAAAUCAUCGCCUCAUCAAUGAGAUUUUUUCGGAGGCAGUAGUGCCCGAUGUGCGCUCUGUGGUCACCACAGCUCGAAUGCAGGUGCUCAAGCGGCAAGUGAGCUCGCUGACUAUGCAUCAAACCAAACUAGAGGCAGAGCUGCAACAGAUGGAGGAAAAAUUUGAGGCAAAAAAGCAGCGUAUGCUUGAGUCUAGCGAUGCGUUCCAGGAGGAACUCAAGCGCCACUGCAAGCCAGCAGUGGAUGAGGAUACAUUCCAGAAAAUGGUGCAUCGCAUGUAUGACGACAUCAAACGGGAUCGACAACGCAGCGAGGAGCAAGUACCACCGCCACCCCGCAAGGAGGAGCCAGCGGUACAGCAACCAGCGCCACCUCAACCACAACAGCCGCCUACAACGGCAUCACCUGCACCAGCACCAGCUGCAGCAGCAAUAACACCACCACAGCAACAAUCUCAGCCGCCAGCAGUCGUAGCUGAAGUCAAGCCGGAACUAGCUAAGCCUACCAUAGUUGCGCCAGUGGUGCCACCGGUGCAUGAAUUGGCCAGCAAAACGGAUCCUGAGCCCAUGGACAUUGAACCGCCGCCUAAGCCAUCAGUGCCACCACCACCGCCGCCUGUUAAGCUCAUUGAAAAGAGCGAAUUGCUGCCGCCUUUGGAGUCUAAUAAGGACCUAAGUAAGCCGCUGCUGCCACCAGCGGUUGUAACCGGAUCAGCGGCGCCGCCACCAGCCAAUAAGGUACCAACGCCCACUUCCACGCCGGCAGCAACGCCACCACCAGCAGCGCUAAGCACUGAACCGCCAGCGACAACGCCCACGCCACCGCCAGUGGUGCCUGCAGCAGCACCAGCUCCAACACAAAUGCAUCCACAUGCGCACGUGCCGUUGCCAUCAACUGGACAUCCCCUCAUGCCUCCACAUAUGGCACCACAACAACAACAACAGCAGCAGCCGCCGCCGCAACAGCAGCAGCAACAACAGCAAGGGCCACCGCCACCAGGUCCCGGUCCAGCCGGUAUGCCCGGAAUGCCGCCGCAUCCCAUGUCGCAUAUGGGCUACGGUAACUAUGCUGGACCUGGACAAGGCACCCACUCGCAUACGCAUUCGCAUUAUUAUCAACCGCAAUAUGGACCUCACUCAAGGCCGCAGCCGUACUACCCGCAUCUGCCGCCCUAUCAGCCGUAUCCACAACUGCAUUACGCCAGCGCAAGAGAUCCAGCUGCUUCACAGCAACAGCAACCUCAGCAGCAGCCGCCACCGCCGCCGACACAACAACAGGCGCAGCCGCAGCCUGGGCCAGGACAUUUACACGAGUCGACACCAACAGCAACAGCAUCGUCGGGUGCCUUAUACGGUGCACAACAACAGCAGCAGCAGCAACAACAGCAGCAACAGCCACAACCAUCACCUCUCAUUGCACCCCAACAGCAGCAGCAGCAGCCACCACAACAACCCGCUACAACUCCUGCUGUUACUACUGCUCCGGCACCAACUGCAUCUACUGUGCCGCCCACGCCCACUGUAGCACCCGCAGCAUCAAGCAGCGAUGCACCAGCAGCCGCAACAGCAGCAGCAACAACAACAACAGCAGCCAAACAAGAGUCUGAUAAACAUGAGACGGACUAAUCGCAUCUGCAACGGUACCUCAGUACUCCACAAAGCACUUACUCCAUAUACACAGCUCCUUGGACCGUCAUUAUUAUGAACCACAUUAACUUUUAA